UUCCACUUUGUUCUCCUUACGGUUUCGAGUUUUUCCGGAAUAAAAUUGAGGAAGAAGAAAAAUCCAAAAUCAAGAGAGGGAAUUAAGAAUUUAGGAUAGAAUCUAUUGCCUGUUGAUUGUUGAUUGUUGAUUGUUGAUUGUUGAAUGUUGAUAAGGAUAAGGCACCGCAGUGCCACACGCAACAACUGCUUCUGACUCAUAGCGGGUAGCAUUAUUUGGGCACAAAAUUUUCCGGUGGGUGGGUUCAUAAAAGUUUGCAGCUUUUCCUGGAAUAGAAAAAAGUUGAUCAGUGUUCAGAAUUAGGCCGAUCAUCAUCAUCAACUCUUAAUCUUGUUGUGGACGAUGAUAGUGAAGGAUGAGAAUGGUGGUGUUGGUGUUGGUGUUGGAGGAAGGUCGUCAAGUGGAUUUGGGAGCUUUAUUAGAAGGAAGCAAGUUGAUUCAGUUCAAUUCAAGGCACAUGGUGGUCAUCAUCAUCAAUUGGCUAGGAAGUUAUCUGCUGUGGACCUCGUUGCUAUUGGGGUUGGAUCUACAAUAGGAGCUGGUGUAUAUAUUCUGAUAGGAACAGUUGCUAGAGAGCAUGCAGGACCAGCACUUGUGAUGUCACUUCUCAUUGCAGGAAUAGCUGCUGCAUUAUCGGCUUUUUGUUAUGCGGAGCUUGCAUGUCGAUGCCCCUCCGCAGGGAGUGCUUAUCAUUAUGCAUACAUAUGCCUUGGAGAAGGAGUUGCUUGGUUGGUUGGUUGGGGCUUGAUUCUUGAAUAUACUAUCGGUGGUUCAGCUGUUGCUCGUGGCAUAACCCCAAAUCUGGCCUUAUUUUUCGGAGGGUGGGACAAUCUACCUUUCUUUUUGACACGGCAAACAUUACCAGGUCUUGGUGUUGUUGUUGAUCCAUGUGCUGCUGCAUUAAUUGUUAUUGUGACCUUACUCCUGUGCCUUGGAAUCAAGGAGGUAUGAUUUUAAAAUACAAACAUGUACUCUCCCUUAAAUGUCUGUGCAAUGCUUUUCGUCAUUAUAGUUGGUGGAUAUCUGGGUUUCAAAUCUGGAUGGAUUGGAUAUGAGCUACCUAGCGGGUAUUUUCCUUAUGGAGUGAAUGGGGUGUUUGCUGGGUCUGCAAUAGUUUUCUUUUCAUACAUUGGGUUUGAUGCAGUCUCCAGCACAGCUGAGGAGGUUAAAAACCCUCAACGAGAUUUGCCCCUUGGCAUAUCAAUAGCAUUAUGUUUAUGCUGCAUUCUUUAUAUGCUUGUAUCAGCAGUUAUUGUUGGCUUGGUACCAUAUUAUAGGUUGGACCCUGAUACUCCGAUCUCGUCUGCGUUUUCUAGCUAUGGCAUGAAAUGGGCCGUCUAUGUAAUAACAACUGGAGCUGUCACUGCUCUUUUUUCCAGUUUGAUGGGUUCACUUCUUCCUCAGCCACGAACUUUUAUGGCGAUGGCUAGGGAUGGUUUGUUGCCCUCAUUCUUCUCAGACAUCAAUAAACACACGCAAGUUCCUUUGAAAAGCACUAUUCUCACUGGUGUCCUUGCAGCCACUCUUGCAUUCUUUAUGGAUGUUUCCCAGUUAGCAGGGAUGGUUAGUGUGGGAACAUUGCUUGCAUUUACCACUGUUGCAGUCUCGGUUUUGAUCAUCAGAUAUGUUCCACCUAAUGAAAUACCUAUCCCAACCUCGCUUCAAAAAUCUAUUGAUCGGCAUUCUUGUGGUGAUGAUGAAGAUAGGGCAAGUCCUAUAGAUACUGCUAGUUAUUGUGAUAAUCACCUAUAUGGCAAGUCAGAGGCUCUGCUUGGACAACCUUUAAUUAUAAAAGAAACCAAAGAAGAACAAAAAGAGAAAAGUAGGCGGAAACUUGCUGCAUGGACUAUUGCUCUUCUAUGCCUAGGAAUUCUCAUAGUUGCCUUUGCUGCUUCAGCCAACGGGUGCCCCAGCAUUUUGCGAUUCACAUCGUGCGGAGUGGGUGGAAUUCUUUUUUUGUGCAGUGUUAUUGUCCUUACCUGCAUAGGACAAGAUGAUGCAAGGCACAGCUUCGGACACACAGGAGGUUUUGUUUGCCCAUUUGUUCCAUUCUUACCUGCUGCCUGCAUUCUUAUAAACACCUACCUCCUAAUUGAUCUUGGAGUUGCCACUUGGCUGCGAGUGUCCGUGUGGUUGCUGAUAGGAGUGUUUAUAUACUUAUUCUAUGGCCGCACCCACAGCUCGCUGUUAAAUGCGAUCUAUGUUCCCUCAGCAUGUGCUAAUGAAAUCCUUGGAAUUCGAGAAGAACAUCUAGCCUAGUUAGUAUUCACACAGCAGGGACCAGAGUUCAUGCAUGACCUUCUCCAUUUAUUAUUUAGUUACACCAAUUGUAAAUUUACUAUUCUAAAUUCAGGACUUUGUUAAUGGUAACAAAUUGAUGGGGGAGGAGGACCCUUAUUGUUGCAUUCCUUGUCUAUAUAGAUAACUUAUUUGUUUCUUCAA